AUGAUUGAAGAUCAGGAAAAGCUGGAUAAUGUACCCGAUCUAGAAGAUACAAAUCAUUCUCGUGAUGAGGAUGAGGAGAGUGCAUUGACAAUUUUGGAUGCAAAUGAGCCCAUAGGUAACAUCAAUUUGAGUGAGUAUUGUAUAUCUAGUGAUGCAGAUACUGAAAAGAUGGAAAGUGAUAUCAUGAAUGAGGAAGAAGAGUUUCAUCCAAAGCUUUCAAAGUUGUUAGAGGAUAUAGAAAUAAAAGAGAGACAAAACAGUGUAGGAGGGAGUCAGCAAAAUGAAAAAGAGCAAGAGAAGGAGCAGGAGCAGGAUGCAAAACUAGCUAUUAAACAUCAUUUAGAGGAUGAUAAUUCUGAGAAUAAAGAUGAUCCAAGUAAUAAAAAGGUUAAAUUGGAGACUAGUUAUAUGUCAAAACAAUCAGUUUCUACUGAUUCUUCGCAGUCCCCAAUAAAAUCUCCUGAAAAUAAUCCAAAUCUGCAACUUCUGUCACUACCACAAAAAACACCAUCAUUAGAAGAUGGUGAUAAGGAGCAGAAAAUAAAAAUAGAUAAGGCAGAAGAAACUAAGGAAUCUGUAAAAACAGAAAAGCUAGACCCAAAAGAUGGAUUGAAUGUGGCAGGCAAAGAAGUAGAAGAAGAGGAAGAAGAGGCAGACCAAGAGGAGGACGCAGAUGAGGAUGAGGAUGAAGAAGAUGAGCAAGAAGUAGCGGAGGAUGAAAAUGAUGGUAGUAAAGUUAGCAAAGAAAAAGACGAGAAACCAAAACAAACUAUGCCAUCUCCCAUGGAAUUAGAAAAUAGGAGGCUAGAAGCAAUGGACGAUAUAAUUAACAUUGAAUAUAAGUUUGCGGAAUUGAGACAAAGAUUAUAUGAAAAUAAAUUGAUCAAAUUAGAAUUGGAGUUACAGAUGUGUCUUGAAGGAUCGCAUCCAGAGCUACGUGGAUAUUAUGAAAAGAUUGUUUCUAUCCGUGAUUAUAAAUUGAAAAGGGCAUAUCAAAGACAAAAGUAUGAAUUACAGUGUAUAGAUAGAGAAACACGAGCCACAAGGACGAUGAUACAUCAAGAUUUUUAUAAAAAAGUAAGUGAUCUGAAAAGAGAUCUGCUAACUUCGACUACUAAAGAAUGGUACGAUAUUAAUAAAGAAAGAAGAGGGAUGGAUAAUGUGGUUCCAGAAGUAUCGUAUCAUGUUCCAAUAAAAAUUGCAAAUAAAACAUUAAGUUGUAUUACAGGUUAUGCAGGGGCUGCACAACAAAGAUUGCCAGGGGAGCCCUUAAGUGAAGAUUUGGAAUGUGAAAAUAUUAAGUUCCGGUAUAGACACAACCCUGUAGAUAAAUUAGAAGUCAUUGUGGAUAGGAUGAGAUUGAAUAAUGCCUUGAGUGACUUAGAGGGUCUAAAGCGUUAUUAUGGAGGAUUUCCAGGUGCACCUGCUCUUAAUGGUUUAAGGGAUUCAGAGAUUGUCGAAGAUUUCCAAGAGUUACAUCUUUUAUUACAACAGCAACAGACACAGUCUCAGUGA